UGGGCGGGGACUCGGUACUGGGCGGGGACUCCGUGCUGUGUCAUAGGAGUAGUAGGAACAAACCGCUAAGCAAGAGGGAACCGACGGCAUAUGAUGCCGAAGGAGGAGAUUAGGAAGCCGUUGUUGCGGACCACUCGGCACCCAGAUGCCUCCAUGUCUGAUCCAGGAAGCCCAGUAGUUGGCAUUUUGGGCACGGGAGACUUUUCCCGUUCUCUGGCCCGCAGGCUUGUGACCUCGGGGUUCCCGGUGGUUGUGGGGAGUCGCAACCCCAAACGUUGCUCCUCGCUGUUCCCGGAGGACGUGGAGGUGACCAGCCAGCAUCAGGCCGUGUCACAGGCUGACCUGGUGUUCGUUGCCAUCCACCCUGAGCACUACUCUACCCUGGGUAGCCUGCGGGAGGCGCUAGCGGGUAAGGCCGUUGUGGACGUUAGCAACAGCACCUGUCUGAACAGGGAGGGCCCUUCUCAGGCCGAGCAGCUAGCCGCCAUGUUCCCAGAAUGCAUUGUGGUGAAGGGCUUCAACGUGAUCUCGGCCUGGACCCUGCAGACAGGCCCGCGCGAUGGGAGCAGACAGGUGCUGAUAUGUGGAGACAGCAGCCAGGCUAAGAACUCUGUGUUCCACGUCUGUCGCAGCGCAGGCUUCCACCCCGUGGACAUGGGCACCCUCUCGGCCGCCCGCGACAUCGAGAACACGCCCCUGCUCCUUUUCCCCUCCUGGCGCCUCCCCGCCCUCGCCACCCUCCUCCUCUUCCUCUUCUUCUACCUCUAUAACUUCCUGCGGGACAUCCUCCACCCCUACCUCUUCGCGGGAAAGAACGUGUUCUACAAACUUCCCGUGGAGACGGUGAAUGUCACCUUCCCUUGUGUUGCCCUGGUGUUGCUGGGGCUGGUCUACGCUCCGGGUCUCCUGGCCGCCUUCCUGCAGCUGUCCUGGGGUACCAAGUACCGCCUCUUCCCUGCCUGGCUGGACGUGUGGCUGCGGAGCCGCAAGCAGCUGGGGCUGUGCAGCUUCCUGUGUGCCUCCCUGCACGCCGUCUACAGCCUGUGUCUGCCCAUGAGGAAGUCAGCCCGUUACAAGCUGCUCAGCGCUGCCUUCAAACAGGUGAAGGCAGGCCAGGAGGACUCGUGGGUGGAGGAGGAGGUAUGGAGGAUGGAGCUCUACCUGUCUGUAGGCAUCCUGGCUCUGGGUCUCCUCUCUCUGCUGGCCGCCACAUCCCUGCCCACCGUGGCCAACUCUCUGAACUGGAGGGAAUUCAGCUUUAUACAGUCCAGACUGGGCUACGCUGCCUUAGUCAUGGCCACCCUCCACGCUCUGAUCUACGGCUGGGACCGGGGUUUGGACCCGGAGCAGUACCGCUUCUACCUGCCCCCGCCCUUCCUGCUGGUGGCGGUGGUUCCCUGUGGGGUGCUGCUGGGCCGGCUGGGUCUGGCCCUGCCCUGCGUGGCCCGCAGGCUGGGGAGGAUCCGCCGGGGCUGGGAGGAGAAGCGCCACAUCCGCUUCACCCUGCCGGAGGACGCCCGGGGAAGCUCCCUGGACGACGUCAGCGGAGUCUAAGACGGAUGGAUGAUUUAUAUGUAGACACACACACACACAGGCACGCAAACACACAUGCUGGACCGUAGACACACGCUGUUAUGUUGACCACACACACACACACACGGUGGUUUGUAGACACACACAUGCUGGCUGUAGGUGCACGCACGCACACGCACUCGCACACACCCAAGCAGAAGUCAGACGUAUAGAUUCACUGCGUGAAUCAGAGGCAUCUCUGUAUCAGAGAGGACAAGAACAUCUCACCAGCAGCUCUCUAGGAUCUCACUGACUUCCUUGUCGCCUGCUGUCUCAACAGAUGAUUGUCAUUUUCAGCACUUAUUUACAGUCAGCCUUCCAUCAAGUGGCUCACCUACUGAUGCCCAGCAGGAAACGUCCUGGUAACAAUAUCAGUUAGGCACAUUGUUUGUGUUUCUUUGACUUUUAAGUGUUUGAUUCUGUUUUCCUGUUAGCUGCAGUCCAUGAAAUCUCUGGCACCCUACCGAUCAAAUUCUUUUUUGUCUUGUGUUAUAUCAUCAUUACGUAUUUUCUUAAAUCAGCGGAAAGCCUACAGAUAAAAAAUAAUUAUAGACCGGGUCUAGAUUUGUGAAACUUGGAGCUUGUUCUUUAGUGGUUGUAAUGAAUGCUUUGGCUCCAAGGUCUGCCUGUAAUGAGUCUAAAUCUCAGCUGGCUUCCUGGUUACCAUUGUCCGUUGCUAGGGGUGGGACAGGUCAACUUCGGAUACAAAAUUGUAGAAUUAAUGCGUUCUCUAACCUAAGCUGUUAAUUUGAUUUUUUUUUAUUUGUUUUAAAACAGCUGGAGACUCAUUUUAGUCUAUUCAUGCACUAGUUCUUUUUAGGAUGUUAUUUUUGCCAAAUAUAACGUCGGGUCCAGUCUUUGCUGGCCUGCCUGCCUGUCAGUAGCUGCAUACGUAUCUGUCUGAACCUAUAUCUGUAAAGUGUGUUAUUUAAAGAGUGUAUUUUAUAAGAUGGAGAAAUUUUACCAAACUGUUGUGAUGCAAUAAUACAUGUUAGACAACACUAAUUAUUUUAAAUCCAUUGGCUGUUACACAAGGAAGUAUGUUGUAUGUAUUUCCACCUGGCUUGUCAUCAAGUCUUUCCUAAAGAAAUCCAGAAAAAAUCUUAAAAUGCAAUCAGAUAAUUUACAUUAUGCUUGAAGAAUAAACACUGUUGUUCACAACUUA